CACACAAAACUACUUACCAGUCCUAAAGAAUCCAGAAAGAAUCUAAGGCCAACCCCUUUGACCAUGACAAAGGCACACUCCCUCGCUCUCCUUCUCUUCACCUUCCCCUUUCCCUUAUCCAAUUUCAAUUUCAACAAAUACUACCCAUUUAGGAAACAAAGCCACACGUGUCAAAACCACAGUUCCAGACAAACUAGUCCCUACCCAUGCGCCACUUUCAAUUCCUUAACCAUAGACCAUACGCUGGGACGAAACCUCCCACGUCCCCGCCAAUUCCGAAUUGGCUAAAACCUACCUCAAACUUAGCUGGACACACACAGUGUUGACACUUCCUUCUAGUAACUAAACCUCCAUCACCCUCUCCAUAUAUACAUCCUUAAACUCACUUUCCCUCCCAAAGCCACAACCACAAACAACGUUAGUUACUACUAACUAGUACGUACCACUUUCUUCUAGUAACUACUAACUACCCCUUUUGCACACCUUGUCUCAUUCUCUCAUACAACGAAACUUUCGACCAGGUAACAUGUUUUCCAUCAAUCAUUUCUCCGCCCCAGAUGCGAACUCGCCGGGGUCGGGGUCAGGAACUUCCCGACCGGUACCGGCGCUGUCGGACGAGGAUUAUUUUCUGGCGGCGAGCAAUCCCAAGAAACGCGCCGGGAGGAAGAAGUUCCGGGAGACGCGCCACCCGGUGUACCGCGGCGUGAGGAGGAGGGACUCAGGCAAGUGGGUGUGCGAGGUGCGCGAGCCCAACAAGAAGUCCAGGAUUUGGCUCGGGACCUUUCCCACGGCGGAGAUGGCGGCGCGUGCGCACGACGUGGCGGCGCUCGCGCUGAGGGGAAGGUCCGCUUGCCUCAACUUCGCCGACUCCGCGUCGCGUCUCCCGGUGCCGGCGACGGCGGAGGCCAGGGACAUUCAGAAGGCGGCGGCGGAGGCCGCGGAGGCAUUUCGCCCGGGGAAGGAUGAUGGUGCGGUGGUGGCGACGGCGACGGAGCGUGAAGAAGAAGAAGAAAAGGUUGUACCAGAGUAUCUGAGGAACAUGGUGCUCAUGUCGCCGACGCAUUGCUUCGGGAGUGAUGAAUAUGGAAGCGCUGACGUGGAAUUCGACGAUGCUGAAGUUCGGUUGUGGAGUUACUCCAUUUAAUUUAACUCAAUUAUUGGAUAUUUUUUUUAGUAUUUUGGGGAAUGAAAAGAUUGUUCGUAUGCAACUAUUUAGAAUAGUAUCCGUACUUAUAAUUUUACCAGUACGGAUGCUGGUUUCAGGUGUCUAAAAUAGAUUAGAGUAGAAGGGGCCAUCAAAAAUAUUGGAUCAAAAACAUGUUAGGUGAGAUUUCUUUUUCUUCUUUUUUCUGUAUAUUUGAUCUUUCAAAAUAAAUAUCUGUAAUUAUUUAUUAAUUAUAUUUUUUUUC